CCGGAUUAGUCAAAAACGUCUUUGACUAAUAAAACACAAAAACAUCUUGUGCUCUAACCCACACCAAGCGAAGCACAAUGCGACAUUUUGUCUUUUUGUCUCGCUUGGUGUGCAUUGAAAUAAAACGAAAAAAGAAGAAAACGAAUCAGUUCUUGCAAAGAUGUCGUCGGAUUCGGACGAUGAAAWUGUGCCAGUCCUAUUUUCAAUAAUUGAGUUUUGUGAACGAAGUGAAAGAAAUAAAAGAGAAUGGUGGGUGCAUCCGUACAAUCAGAAGCGCGAUUCAGAAAAUGUUAUUACAAAUUUGAUUUCUGAACUGAGAAUGCAUCCAAGAAAAUUUCGAAACUUCACAAGGAUGCAGGUGUCAACAUUCGAAUAUUUGCUGUCUUUAAUAAAACAUUUAAUUUUUAARCAAAAUACGAACUACCGCAAAAGCAUAACUCCUGYGGAAAGAUUAAUUAUAACACUACGGUAUUUGGCAACUGGGGAAUCAUUUAAGUCGCUUUCGUAWUUUUUUCGAUGUGGGGCUUCUACAAUUGAAAACAUUGUAAUGGAAACCUGCAAAGCUGUCUGGGAAAUAUUAUCACCGAUUUACCUUCCAAAACCCGAUGUUGCGAAAUGGCUUUCUAUAGCGGAUGCGUUUGAAAAAAUGUGGAACUUUCCUAAUUGUGCAGGAGCUAUAGAUGGAAAACACAUAAGAAUACAGUGCCCUCCAAAAGCAGGAUCAGAUUAUUUUAAUUAUAAAAAAUUUCAUUCAAUACAUUUACAAGCUKUAGUUGAUGCAUAUGGGCAGUUCAUUUGUGUUGAUGUUGGCGACUUUGGACGAAAUUGCGAUAGUGGUGUUUUCAAACACUCUAAUUUUGGAAAAAAACUUAUUCAAAAACAAUUGAAUUUAYCACAUAACCAAAAGCUAUGUCCAGAAAGCUGCGAAUGCAUACCUUUUGUUUUUGUYGCCGAUGAAGGCUAUCCACUUCUUACGAAUGUUCUAAGACCUUUUGCACGAAGGAACUUGACAAAUGAGCGAAGAAUAUAUAAUUACCGUUUAUCAAGAGCAAGACGAGUAGUGGAAUGCGCAUUUGGUAUGCUUGCAAACAAGUUUCGAAUAUUUCAUACAGAAAUUCUGUUGUCGCCUAAUAAAGUGGAAACUAUUAUAUUAGCAGCUUGUGCUUUACAUAAUAUGAUUCGGGAACGAGAACAUUUGCUUCAUGAAAUAUAUAACGAACUCGAUGCUAUGGAAUAUUUAGUCCAAGAGGGUACAAAUGAAAAUAUUGAAAACACAAGGCCAUCAAAUGGUGCGCGUUACAUACGUGACCAGUUUCUAUCAUAUUUUAACUCUACCACUGGAUCAGUUUCUUGGCAAAAUAAGUACGCUAUCUAAUUUUGCUUAGUUUUGUACUGUAUAUCUACAAUUGAUUUUCACUAUAUUUUUAAAUACUUAUCAACAUUACGUAUGUAUGUACAAAUGGUAUAAAUAAAAUAAACUAAACUUACCGUCACUAUUCAUUUCUGUWGCUAUUUCGUCCCAUAGUUUUUCUGUUAUUAAYUUAU